UUUGUACUUGGAAAUCCCAGGGCCUGCAGCUCAGAGGUUCUGUGAGUCUAUGCUUCUGUGGCCUCCUCUCUGUCUUAGAAGAUUCCACAGACAGAAUCGCUCCAUGCCACCAAGAAAGGUAUUUUAAGCAUUGGGACACAUUUGGAUAAUUUAACUGAUGCCACUGGGCUCCUCUCAGGCUGAUCCUGGUCUAUCUCAGGCUCUGUUGUCCCCCACCUUUUGAACAAAAACUGAAAAUGGUAUUUCCAGUAUGGACACUGAAGAGACAAAUUUUUAUCUUUUUAAAUAUGACCUUAGUUUCUAGAGUCAUUGGGUCUCGAUGGUUUCCUAAAACUCUACCUUGUGAUGUCAGUCUUGAUGCCAAAAAUACCCAUGUAAUAGUGGACUGCACAGACAAGCAUUUGACAGAAAUCCCUGAGGGUAUUCCUACUAACACCACCAACCUCACCCUUACUAUCAACCACAUACCAAGCAUCUCUCCAGACUCCUUCCGUAGGCUGAGCCAUCUGGAAGAGAUCGAUUUCAGAUGCAACUGUGUACCUGUUCUACUGGGAUCCAAAGCCAAUGUGUGUACCAAGAGGCUACAGAUUAGACCUGGAAGCUUUAGUGUACUCUCUGACUUAAAAGCCCUGUACUUGGAUGGAAACCAACUUCUAGAGAUACCUCAGGAUCUCCCAUCCAGUUUACAGCUUCUGAGCCUUGAGGCCAAUAAUAUCUUCUCCAUCACCAAAGAGAAUCUAACAGGACUGGUCAACAUUGAAACACUCUACCUAGGUCAAAACUGUUAUUAUCGCAAUCCUUGCAAUGUUUCCUAUUUGAUUGAAAGAAAUGCCUUCCUCGUUAUGAGAAAUUUAAAGGUUCUUUCACUGAAAGAUAACAAUGUCACAGCUGUCCCCACCAUUUUGCCAUCUAAUUUAAUAGAGCUCUAUCUUUAUAACAAUAUCAUUACAAAUAUCCAAGAAGAUGAUUUCAAUCACCUCAACCAAUUGCAAAUUCUUGACCUAAGUGGAAAUUGCCCUCGAUGUUAUAAUGUCCCGUAUCUUUGUACACCAUGUGAAAAUAAUUCCCCCUUACGGAUCCAUGACAAUGCUUUCAAUUCAUUGACACAAUUAAAAGUUUUACGUCUACACAGUAACUCUCUUCAGCAUGUACCCAAAGUAUGGUUUAAAAACAUGAGAAGCCUCCAAGAACUAGACCUCUCACAAAACUACUUGGCCAAAGAGAUUGAGGAGGCCAAAUUUUUGAAUCUCCUCCCCAACCUGGUCCAGUUGGAUCUGUCUUUCAAUUAUGAGCUGCAGGUCUACCAUGCAUCUAUAACUUUACCACAAUCUCUCUCUUCACUGAAAAACUUGAAAAUACUGCAUAUCAAGGGAUAUGUCUUUAAAGAGCUGAAAAACUCUAGCCUUUUUGCAUUGCAUAAUCUUUCCAGUCUUGAAGUUCUUGACCUUGGCACUAACUUCAUAAAAAUUGCUGACCUCAACAUAUUCAAACAGUUUGAAAACCUCAAACUCAUAGAUCUUUCUAUGAAUAAAAUAUCCCCUUCAGAAGAGCCAAGAGAAAUUGGCUUCUGUCCUAAUGUCAGAACUUCUGUAGGUGGGCAUGGGCCCCAGGUCCUAGAGGCUUUACAUUAUUUCCGAUAUGAUGAAUAUGCACGGAGCUGCAGGUUCAAAACCAAAGAGCUGCCUACUUUCUUACCUUUGAAUGAAGACUGCCACAUGUAUGGGCAGACCUUAGACCUAAGUAGAAAUAAUAUAUUUUUUAUCAAGCCCUCUGAUUUUCAGCAUCUUUCUUUCCUCAAAUGUCUCAACUUGUCAGGAAACACCAUUGGACAAACUCUUAAUGGCAGUGAAUUCCAGCCAUUAAGAGAGCUGCGGUACUUAGACUUCUCCAACAACCGGCUUGAUUUACUCUACUCAACAGCCUUUGAAGAGCUCCACAAUCUGGAAAUUCUAGAUUUAAGUAGUAAUAGCCACUAUUUUCAAGCAGAAGGAAUAACCCAUAUGCUAAAUUUUACCAAGAAAUUACAAUCUCUGAAGAAACUCAUGAUGAAUGACAACGACAUCUCCACUUCUGCCAGCAGGGCCAUGGAAAGUGACACUCUUAAAGUUCUGGAAUUCAGAGGCAACCACUUAGAUAUUUUAUGGCGAGAAGGUGAUAACAGAUAUUUGGCCUUCUUCAAGAAUCUGACUAAUUUAAAGGAAUUAGAUAUCUCCAGGAAUUCCCUGAAUUUCUUGCCUACUGGGGUGUUUGAGGGUAUGCCACCAAAUCUAGAGACUCUCUCCUUGACCGAAAAUGGGCUAAAACAUUUCUCUUGGGAUAGCCUCCAGUUACUGAAAUAUCUGAAAAUUUUGGACCUCAGCCACAACCAGCUGACAACUGUCCCUGAAAAGUUAGCCAAAUGUUCCAAAAGUCUCACAAAACUGAUUCUUAAGAAUAAUCAUAUCAAGUAUUUAACAAAUUACUUUCUAGAAGAUGCUUUGCAAUUGCGCUAUCUAGACCUCAGUUCAAAUAAGAUUCAGGUCAUUCAGAAGACCAGCUUCCCAGAAAAUGUCCUCAACAAUCUAGAGAUGUUGCUUUUACAUCACAAUCACUUUCUGUGCAACUGUGAUGCUGUAUGGUUUGUCUGGUGGGUUAAUCAUACAGAUGUUACUAUUCCUUACCUGGCCACUGAAGUGACUUGUGCGGGACCAGGAGCACACAAAGGUCAGAGUGUCGUAUCCCUGGAUCUGUAUACAUGUGAGUUAGAUCUCACUAACCUGAUUCUGUUCUCAGUUUCCAUAUCUUCAGUCCUCUUUAUGAUGGUAGUUAUGACAACAAGUCACCUCUUUUUCUGGGAUAUGUGGUACAUUUACUAUUUCUGGAAAGCCAAGAUAAAGGGGUACCAACGUCUGCAAUCCAUGGAGUCUUGCUAUGAUGCUUUUAUUGUGUAUGACACUAAAAGCCCAGCUGUGGCAGAAUGGGUGUUGCAGGAGCUGGUGGCUAAAUUGGAAGAUCAAAGAGAGAAGCAUUUUAAUUUGUGUCUAGAGGAAAGGGACUGGCUCCCAGGACAACCGGUUCUAGAAAACCUUUCCCAGAGCAUACAACUCAGCAAAAAGACAGUGUUUGUGAUGACACAGCAAUAUGCAAAGACAGAGAGUUUUAAGGUGGCAUUUUAUUUGUCCCAUCAGAGGCUCAUAGAUGAAAAAAUGGAUGUGAUUAUCUUGAUAUUCUUGGAGAAGCCUCUGCAUAAGUCUAAGUUUCUUCAGCUCCGGAAGAGGCUAUGUGGAAGUUCUGUCCUAGAGUGGCCUUCAAAUCCACAAGCUCACCCAUACUUUUGGCAGUGCCUGAAAAAUGCUCUGACCACAGACAAUCAUGUGGCUUAUAGUCGGAUGUUCAAGGAAACAGUCUAACUCUUUGCAGAAUGUGUACACAUGUGUAAAUGGGCCUAGAUGCCUACCUAUUUCACAAAGAUUUCAAUAAAAGAAUGUCCGAACAUUUCCCAACAGCUGUCAUUGCUCAGAUCAGUGGGACAUCAUCAAUACAUGACAAGAAAAUUAGGAAAAGGAGAUUAAUAGACUAAUUUCUUUCUUCUUUCUUUGUGUUACCAUCCAUAUUAAAAUAUCUUCCCCAGCUCAUCUAUAAAAUAUUUUUUGAAGAAGGGUGGCUAGGAGGAAACAUAAGGUUCUGAUUGAUCUGCAUGCCUAUAUCUGCCCUUUAAAAAGGACUAGUAUUUUCAGUAAUAGGGUAAAAACUAUUCAAGCUCUGUCUCUCUGAUACUAAACUGUACCAGAAUUCAAGGAGAUAAAAGCAGAGAAAACUUCUCAACAAAUUGUGCCACUAUCGUAUAGGGUUCCCUGAAGUACCAAAUUCUGGUACUGUAUAGUUGGUAGUUGCUUCAUUGCCUUUUACUCAUUUCUCUGGGGAUCAUUGAUGGAUUCUGUGGGGAAAUAUAGAAACAUUUUUGUCAUCCACAGACAUGGUCAAUUUAUAAAUGGAAAAAAUAAAAUAAUACUCCUCCAGCAAAAUUAUUUUCUUAGCCUUUGACAAUAAUUUUCUGCUGAAAUAUGUUAUGUACAUGUCAAAUACCAUUUCCAAAAUAAAAUGU